AUGAGGCAGACGAUGGAGAAGAUGGCCAAGAUGACUGAAUCGGAUCAUUCACACUUCAUGCGCGUGGCUUUCGGCCAUACAACCCCUCUACAGCCGGACUAUGAGGAUAUUGGUCCUGUUGAAUUCAGCGAUCCCACCUUGAAUGACUCGCAGAAAGAUGCCAUCCGAUUUGCCUUGGCUUCGAAAGACAUUGCACUUAUCCAUGGCCCACCGGGCACGGGAAAAACACAUACUAUCAUUGAGCUUAUAAUGCAGAUGGUACAGCGUAAAAAGAGAAUAUUGGUCUGUGGUCCGUCUAAUAUCUCGGUCGAUAAUAUCGUUGAGCGACUGGCGCCGAAGAAAGUACCGGUUGUACGAGUCGGGCAUCCCGCCCGCCUUCUCCCUUCUGUCUUGGAACAUUCCCUCGAAGUCCUCACGCAGACAUCGGACGCUGCCAGUAUUGUCAAGGAUGUCCGUAAGGAGAUCGACGACAAACAAGCUAGUAUUCGCAAAACACGAACGGGACGGGAAAGAAGAGCGAUCUACGACGACCUGAAACAAUUGCGCAAGGAAUUCCGGGAACGAGAGUCUAAAUGUGUGGAUAAUCUCGUUCGGGAAAGUAGUGUUGCUGUUGCUACUCUACACGGCGCUGGUGGACACCAAUUGAAGAACCAAAAGUUCGACGUGGUGAUCAUUGACGAGGCCAGUCAGGCGCUGGAAGCCCAGUGCUGGAUCCCUCUGAUAUCUGCGGACAAGGUUGUUCUCGCGGGUGAUCACUUGCAAUUGCCUCCUACUGUCAAAUCGACGAAUUUGAAAUCCAAGCCUGGUGCAGAGAAGAAAGACGAUGGUCCCAAGAAAGAAAUCCUGAAGGGUGUCUCCCUCGAACGAACCCUCUUCGAUCGGCUCUUGUCACUACAUGGCUCGGAUAUCAAGCGAAUGCUGACCACCCAGUACCGCAUGCACGAGAAGAUCAUGCGAUUCCCGUCCGAUGAGCUCUACGAGUCGAAACUAAUGGCCGGUGAUGCGGUCAAGUCGCGAUUACUAGCAGAUCUUCCAUAUGAAACCCAGGGUACGGAUGAUACACAAGAACCCCUCGUAUUCUGGGACACUCAGGGUGGAGACUUCCCCGAGAAAGUUGAAGACAAAGAAAUCGGUCAGAAGGAGGCCUUACUUGGUGAAAGUAAAAGUAACGAGAUGGAGGCUAUGGUGGUCGCCCGACAUGUGGAUAAUCUGGUGGAAGCGGGUAUCAGGCCUGAAGAUAUUGCCGUGAUCACCCCAUACAACGGGCAAUUGUCGGUGUUGUCUCAGAUGCUACGAGAGAAACACCCAGGCCUUGAGCUUGGCAGUGUGGAUGGAUUCCAGGGUCGUGAAAAGGAAGCCGUCGUCGUGAGUCUAGUCCGCAGCAAUGCGGAACAUGAGGUGGGUUUCCUUGGCGAGAAACGACGUCUGAAUGGUAAGCUUGUCCCUGCCUAG